AGACAAACAAGACCUAUUUGUUUUGCUACUGUUUGGAAAUUUCAGCUUUCUUUUCUUCCUCUGAUAGCGUUAACCAAACAAAACCCGGAAAAACCCCGUAAUAAUACACAGCCACCAACAUACACACACACACACACACACACGCUGCAAUUCUAAACCGCGUCCAACGACACACGACGUAGCGCGGAGGGCGAGACCGACAGAGGAGCUUGAGAUCUUCCCUCUAUCGUUUCCACGAGUCGAAACGUGAAGCUGCAGGUUGGCGGUCGGGACGAAUUUGAUCAGCGAACAUCACUCUUCAACAGAAGAAGAAAGAAACAUACAUGUUCAACGCGCUACUUUUUUUUAUCGAACACUCUUUUGCUGUUGGGGACCGUUAAGUGGUUGGCCGAUUAUCGCCACCAUCACUCGCUCCUCUCACGCCACCUGGCUGAUCGGCUUUCCCUGCAUGCGAGCUCGCCCAACUCCAGCCAGUCUCUCCACGGAUCAUGGCGCGCUCAAUCGCACGAAAGUCGGAAAAAGAGCGAGUGCAGGUCUCCGUGCGGGUGCGUCCCCUCGAACCCCGAGAAAAGAAAGCCGCCGACGGAUCGCUGAUCACGGUGGUGGCCAACCAAGCAACAGCCGUGGUCACGGUGACGCCGGUGGCCAGCAGCAGCGGCACCUGCACCGCCGAUGUGGGAGCUGAUGGAGCGUUGGGGAGCCGGAGGGCGGCACAGGACUUCCAGUUCGAUCACGUGUUCUGGUCUGUGGACAGCCCGAUGCGUCCGGCAGCCGCCCGGCGACGCAGGCGGACGUGUUCCAGAAGAUCGGGUUCCCGCUGGUGGAGCACGCGUUCGGCGGGUUCAACUCGUGCCUGUUCGCGUACGGGCAGACAGGCAGCGGGAAGACGUACACGAUGAUGGGCGCGGACGUGAGCGCGCUGGGCGGCGAGGGCAGCGGCGUGACGCCGCGGAUCUGCCUGGAGAUCUUCGCGCGCAAGGCGAGCGUGGAGGCGGAGGGGCACUCGCGGUGGUCCGUGGAGCUUGGGUACGUGGAGGUGUACAACGAGCGGGUGUCGGACCUGCUUGCGAAGCGGAGGAAGGGCGCGAAGGCCGCGGACGAGGAGUGCGUGGAGGUGCGCGAGCACCCGAGCCGCGGCGUGUUCCUGGAGGGCCAGCGGCUUGUGGAGGUGGCGAGCCUCGACGACGUGGUGCGGCUGAUGGAGGUGGGCAACGGCGUGCGGCACACGGCGGCGACGAAGAUGAACGACCGGAGCAGCCGGAGCCACGCGAUCGUGAUGCUUGUGCUGCACGAGGAGCGGACGAUGACGACGAAGGCGGGCGAGACGAUCAAGACUGCUGGCAAGAGCAGCCGGAUGAACCUUGUGGACCUUGCGGGGUCGGAGCGCGUUGCGCAGUCGCAGGUGGAGGGGCAGCAGUUCAAGGAGGCCACGCACAUCAACCUGUCGCUGACGACGCUGGGGCGUGUGAUCGACGCGCUUGCGGACAUGGCGGAGAAGAAGGGCAAGUCGCAGUGGACGCUGCCGCCCUACCGCGACUCGAAGCUGACGUUCAUCCUGAAGGACUCGCUUGGCGGGAACUCGAAGACGUUCAUGCUUGCGACGGUGAGCCCGAGCGCGCUGAACUACGACGAGACGCUGAGCACGCUGCGUUACGCCUCCCGCGCGCGCGAGAUCGUGACGGUUGCGCAGGUGAACGAGGACCCGCGCGCGCGGCGCAUCCGCGAGCUGGAGGAGCAGAUGGCGAGCAUGCGCGAGAACCUGAGCGCUGCGGACCCUGCGUACGUGUCGGAGCUGGAGGAGAAGCUUGCGCUGCUGGAGGCGGAGGCGCAGAAGCGCGCGGCGGACCUGCAGGCGCUGGAGAAGGAGCGUGAGCACAACCAGCUGCAGGAGCGGCUGCUGCGGGCGACGGAGGCGGAGAGGAGCGAGCUGGAGUCGCGUGCUGCUGCGCUGCAGCAGGAGAUGAGUGCGACGCGGCGGCAGGCGGACGAGAUGCAGGCGCAGAACCUGCGUCUGAAGGAGGAGCAGGCGCGCAAGGAGCGUGAGCUGAUGGAGGAGAUGGCGGCGAAGGAGGCGGCCGUCGCAGAGCAGCAGCUGCUGGUGGCAGAAAAGGAGAGGGUGCUGAGGGAAACAGUGCGCAACUUGGAAGAAGAACGUCGAGCGCGCGAGUCGGUGAUGACGUCGCUCCGUGCCCAUCAAAGCCGACUGGAGCAAGCGCUUCAAGACAAGAAGCAGUCGGACGCGCAACGCCAUAGUCUCGUUGAGGAAAAGCGACAACUAGAGGAACAGUGGGCAGUCGAGCAACGACAACAGUCCGCCUACAUUGAGCGACUGGUAACGCAGCUGAAGCGGAGUCAGCAAGAACUGCUGUUCUCUGUUCAGCAGACUUCUGUCGUGGCAGAGGAGAUCCAAAGUCGGCACAGCCUCUCGUCGCAACACGACGAUCAACUGGCCGCGCUGCAUGCGGCUCAACACCAAAAUCUACAGCAUCGGAUUGCGCUCCACACAGACCGUCUCCAACAGCAGUUGAGCGAGAAGGACAGAACACUUCAGGUCGCCAACGUACUUCACACGAAACAGAUGGCAGAAAGGGAAGAGGCGCUCCGCGAUCACCACGAUCGAGCACAGCAGCUCGAGCAGCAGCUGGCGGACUCGAGGACGCAGGCGGCGAGCGCCGAGGCGGAGCGCGGCGAGCUGUCGACGCGGCUGAAGAAGCUGGAGGGCGAGCACGCGAAGCUCGACAAGGCGCACGCGAAGCUUGAGAGCACGCAUGCCCAGCUGGGGGACUCGUACAAGCAGCUGGACGCCGCGAAGGCCGCGCUGGAGCAGCAGCUGGCGGACUCGAGGACGCAGGCGGCGAGCGCCGAGGCGGAGCGCGGCGAGCUGUCGACGCGGCUGAAGAAGCUGGAGGGCGAGCACGCGAAGCUCGACAAGGCGCACGCGAAGCUUGAGAGCACGCAUGCCCAGCUGGGGGACUCGUACAAGCAGCUGGACGCCGCGAAGGCCGCGCUGGAGCAGCAGCUGGCGGACUCGAGGACGCAGGCGGCGAGCGCCGAGGCGGAGCGCGGCGAGCUGUCGACGCGGCUGAAGAAGCUGGAGGGCGAGCACGCGAAGCUCGACAAGGCGCACGCGAAGCUUGAGAGCACGCAUGCCCAGCUGGGGGACUCGUACAAGCAGCUGGACGCCGCGAAGGCCGCGCUGGAGCAGCAGCUGGCGGACUCGAGGACGCAGGCGGCGAGCGCCGAGGCGGAGCGCGGCGAGCUGUCGACGCGGCUGAAGAAGCUGGAGGGCGAGCACGCGAAGCUCGACAAGGCGCACGCGAAGCUUGAGAGCACGCAUGCCCAGCUGGGGGACUCGUACAAGCAGCUGGACGCCGCGAAGGCCGCGCUGGAGCAGCAGCUGGCGGACUCGAGGACGCAGGCGGCGAGCGCCGAGGCGGAGCGCGGCGAGCUGUCGACGCGGCUGAAGAAGCUGGAGGGCGAGCACGCGAAGCUCGACAAGGCGCACGCCGAAGCUGUUGCUGGUGGCAGAGAAUCCGCUGAGUGUGCUGUACGUCUGAAAGAGAGGUGCUCAACGUUGUCGGAUGUCAUCGGGGCACUGGAAAGGGAAGCGAAGGAAUCUGCUGAGCGGCUGAAGGAGGCUAACGCAACGGCGUCGCAGUUAGCGGAGGAGGUGCGUACGGCGGAACGGUCUCGCCAGGACUGUAAAGCUCGAUGUGGCGAGCUGGAGGUGCGGCUGAGCAUGCACCGCGCGAUGCAAGUGAAGGGGAUAUCGUUUGGAUCGGCGGAUAUGUUCCGCGAGCUAAACAAGAAUGUGCCGGCUCCACUGGAGAAGAAGGCGUCGAAUGAGAUGGGCUACCCAGUAACGGCGCGGCUCGGUGCUCUGUUACGGCGCAGGGAGGCACUGGAAUGA